CUUUUCUUUCAUUAUAUGGCAAAAGAUGAAGAUUUCAAGAUGGCGGGCACGACGAUCACCGAUAUGAAGGGAAACGUGGUGAAAAUGGAGGUAGAUUACAGUGAUACUGUAGAUAAAACUAUCCCCCAGUGUGAGAAAUUAGCAGAGGAAGGCAAAUUGACAGAAGCAUUAGAGAUAUUGCUGUCUAUGGAGAAACAAACCAGAACUGCAGCAGAUAUGCAUUCGACAUCAAGAGUACUGAUAUGUAUUGUUCAACUAUGCUUCAAAAACAAGGACUGGAAUGCCUUGAAUGAAAACAUCAGCAUACUAACAAAACGUCGCAGCCAGUUAAAACAAGCAGUCACUAAAAUGAUACAAGAGGCUUAUGGAUACGUAGAACAGAUGCCUGAUAAAGAAACUAAACUCAAACUGAUUGACACUUUGAUAACAGUUACGGCAGGAAAGAUUUAUGUAGAAAUUGAGAGAGCAAGGCUGAGUAGAAUGCUUGCCAAAAUCAAGGAAGAUGAUGGAGAUAUCUCAGAGGCUGCAAACAUCUUACAAGAAUUGCAGGUUGAAACUUUUGGUUCCAUGGAGAGAAAAGAAAAGGUUGAGUUCAUCCUGGAGCAAAUGCGUCUGUGCUUGGCCAAGAAAGAUUUUGUCAGGACACAAAUCAUCAGCAAGAAAAUAAGUCCAAAAUUCUUUGAAAAUGACCAAGAACAGGAAUUAAAACUCAAGUUCUACCAGCUGCUAAUAGAGUUAGCAGGACAUGAAGGGAGUUACUUGGCAACAUGUAAGUACUACAAGGCUGUUUAUAACACACCUAUUAUCAUGGAAGACAAGGAUAAGAAACAUCAGGCCCUGAGGAAUGUCGUACUUUACUUAGUGUUAGCACCUUUUGAUAAUGAACAGUCAGACUUAAUACACAGAGUAAAGGAAGACAAGGUGCUGGAGGAAAUACCACUUUAUCAAGAACUGCUGAAAUGCUUUACAACAUCAGAAUUGAUGGACUGGUCCACAAUACAACAGCUUUAUGGAGAGGAAUUGAGGAAGGGCACUGGAAAAACUGUCUUUGAUACGGCAUCUGAUGAUGGGAAUAAAAGAUGGGAGGAACUUCGAAAGAGAGUAGUUGAACAUAAUAUCCGUGUAAUGGCAAAGUACUAUACAAGGAUCACCAUGAAGAGAAUGUCAGAACUUCUUCAUCUUACGCCUGAAGAAAGUGAGCAUUUCCUGUCUGAGUUAGUGGUAUCAAAAACAGUGUUUGCCAGAAUAGACCGCCCUUCGAGUAUUGUCACAUUUAGUUCCAGUAAACAAGUGAAUGAUAUCUUGAAUGAGUGGUCACACAAUCUAUCCAAAUUGAUGGGACAUCUGAACAAAACAACACAUCUCAUAACUAAAGAAGAAAUGGUCCACAAGCUUUCUCAAGUUUAAAACUAGACUUGAAUGCUGUUAGUUCAACACUGCUUUGUAUCCUGCAAGUUCACAGGAAGCCCAGUAUAGACUGGAGCUCUUUUCAAGGCAAUGUCUUACAUAAAUUAGAGUGUACAAUGCUUCAAGACAGGAAUUAUUUGUUGUAUAGAAGGGAGAAAGAACAUAAAACAACCUAUACUGUAAACAUUAAAUGGUUUUAUUUUCUUCAGAAUAAAAAUAAAUUCUCUUCUUUA